AUAGAAGAAUCCCUCCUUUUCAGUGUCACUGACCUUUCUUCUUCCCUCUCUUUCAAUGUCAUCAAGAACGGGAGAGCCUCUCAUUGUUGGGAGAGUUAUUGGAGAUGUUCUUGAUUACUUCAUUCCUAGCAUUAAAAUGUCAGUCGCUUUCAACAACAUGCAAGUCUUUAAUGGACAAGAGUUUUACCCUUCAACUGUUGCCACCAAACCUAGGGUUCAGAUUCAUGGUGGUGAUUUGAGAACUUUCUUCACUCUGGUCAUGACCGACCCAGAUGUCCCUGGACCUAGUGACCCUUACUUAAGGGAGCACCUUCACUGGAUUGUGACAGACAUUCCAGGCACAACAGACGCCACAUUCGGAAGGGAAGUUGUGGGGUACGAGAUUCCGAGGCCAGAUAUAGGGAUCCACAGGUUUGUUUUCGUUCUUUUCAAGCAGAACCGUCGCCAGCUAAUCGGGUCGCCUUCUUCGAGAGAUAAUUUUAGCACCCGAGAUUUUGCUGCCGAGAACGAUCUCGGCCUCCCUGUUGCCGCUGUUUAUUUCAAUGCACGGAGAGAAACUGCUGCAAGAAGACGAUGAUUAAACCUUCAUUCAAUUGCAGAAGAAGAA